UGUUUGAUAACACAUGUCAUUGGACAAUCGUAAUUUCAAGUACCUUAAACACUAUACUAGUUCCUAUAUUAUAAGUUAUUUGUUAACAUUGCAUACACAAAGUAUGUUUUCUUAGAUUUCAUAUAGGAUACAAUAAUUAAUAUUUUCAACCAAGGAUUAACCGAAUUAUUGCAUUAAUAAUAUUGUAUUGGCGUUAGGCAAAUGGAAAUAGAACUCAAUUCGUGUUCAUAAAUUGACGUACGUGAAUCCAUUAAGUGUACAUAAAUUUUUACAAAUGUCUUCGGAUAGAAAAAACGAAAUUCCCUCAAACGAAGAAGUUAUAGAAGAGCUCACUAAGAAUUUAAAAGACUCAGCUAUUAAAACUGAUUCGUUUGGUAAUGACGAAACUCACUCUUUUAGUGAAUCAGAUACAGAGGCUGAUUCACAUUCAAAAGACGAAACAGAAAUAAGAGAUGUAGAUUAUAUUGAAGACGAUCUACUUAAAGAAAGAGAUGAGAAUUUAUCAGAAGAAGAAAAACGAGUUAGUAUUACUCUUUAAUUAACCUUUAAUACAUUGGUCUUUUGUUGCAUUCUAUUAUUGUAAAAAUAAUUGUUCACAAUUACAAGUUUUUUUAUAAUAUUUUAAACAAACAUACAUAUCUAUAUAUUUUCUUUUUAAGUUAUUACUUGGGCCAGUAACUUAUAGAAGUAUACAAGUUUUUCAAUAACCAUUCAAAAUAUAGGUAGCUAAUUAAUGUAGACAUUAUUUUCAUUUUCCAUAUUAGUAAAUAUUUUGUUACAUUUCUAUUUUUUACGUAUGCAAUAUUUAAUAUAAUCAAAUUGAAAUUAGAAAAAAAAUGUAUCAAAUAUUUGUUCAUUUUUGAAAUGUACAUGGCCAUAUAAUACAAUUCUUCAUUUUGGGUAAGAACUUAAUAAUUUUUUAAUAAUAAAUAAAAUAUGCACUUUUGAUUGAAUUAUUGCUUUUUUUUUUGUUUAAAGGCAAUUUUUAAAAGAUAGGUUAUUAAAAAUAAAUAAAUAAAUACCUAUUUAUUUGAAUUUUCUAAUAUAUUUUAUUUUAGUGGGAAAAUAAAAUAUUUAGCGCAUUUAUGUAUAUUUAAUAAUUGUUUAGGCAUAAAUGCAUACAUUUUUUAAGACAUAAAGGAAGUUUUUUGUCCUACUAAUAACCAACAAUAUUUACUAUAACAUAAUUUUAAACUUUGUUUACUAAAUAACAAAAUAAAAUAAAAAAUCUUAAAAUCGUAUUAAAAUAGGUAAUAAAUAAACAAUUUUUCAUUUUUUUAGGAAUUAUUACAAAAAGCUCUUAGCUUGAAAAAUGAAGGUAAUACUAAAUUUAAGAAUCAAGAACAUGAAGAAGCAUCUAAAAUAUAUACAGAAGCAUUACGUAUUUGUCCUCUAAUGUUCCCAAACUAUAGGGCUAUAUUAUUUUCCAAUCGAGCAGCUGCUAAAUCCACUAUUGUAUGUUUUUAUUGAAUAUUUUGUUUAAAUUAUAUACCUAUAUUAUGUUACUGUUGUAUGCACCUGAUAUGAGUAAAAAAAAAAUCAUAAAGUAUGAUUUUUUUUUAAUUAAAACUUUAUUUAAUUUGUUUAAAGCAUAUAGAAAGUGCUAUUCAAGAUUGUACUCGAGCUAUAGAAUUAGAUCCAGUUUAUUUAAAGGCAUAUAUAAGACGUUCUAAAUUAUUUGAACGCAAUGACAAACUUGAUGAAGCAUUAGAGGAUCUCAAAAAAGUGCUUGAAAUUGAUCGCAAUUAUACCGAAGCAGCUUACAAUGCAAGAGUAUGCUAUUUUUAAUACAAUUUUUAAAUUAUUAUCACUGCUGUAAUUUGUUAAUUCUUUUUGGAAAUAGGUUUUACAAGAAAAAAUAAAUGAACGUAACGAAAAAUUGAAAACCGAAAUGAUGGCUAAACUUAAAGAUUUGGGAAAUAUAGUAUUAAAACCAUUUGGUUUAUCGACUCAAAAUUUUCAAGUCAACCAAGACCCAAAUACCGGUGGUUAUUCAAUUAAUUUUAAACAAUAAUUCAAAUUAAUAUUAUGUUACCACUUAUUAAUCAUUAUUUUGUAUAUAUUAUAAAUAAAAAAAUGCUCGGAGAAAAACAUUUUUAUUUGAUCAACUUUUUUUGAUUAAUAAUAAGGGAUUUUUUUUAUAACAAGUAAAAAGUUAAGUAAAUGCACAUUAGGUAUUAGGUUAUAUUAAGUCAAAAAAAAAAAUACAUAGAAAAAAAAUAACAAAAUAGUUUUCUUCAUUGCAAUGCAAUAUUCAAAGUAACUGUAGAAAAAAAAAACUAUCAUAAUAUUGGCAAGUUUUUAUUGACUGCCAAUUUAUAAUGGUUUCAUAUUGCAUACUUGCAUUCCAUAAAAGUUUUAGCCGAUUCUCACAUGAAGAAUUCUUCAGACGAAUCGGAUAAUGAGAGUCAUGUUCUAGCAACUAUGGGCUGAUCCAACAACGUAAUUUCAAUCUU